GAAAUGACCAUUAUGAAGGGGGAAGUGAGAGGAAGCUGAGCAGUCACAGAGGUGCUUGUGGUCAGGUGCAGUGGCCUCCCUCCUUGCAAUGGCCUUCAGAUAAGACCAUGGCCCUGAGAGCAUGCGGCUUGAUCAUCUUCCGAAGACGCCUCAUGCCCAAGGUGGACAACACUGCAGUUGAGUUUCUACUGCUGCAGGCAUCCUAUGGCAUUCAUCACUGGACUCCUCCCAAAGGCCAUGCAGAACCAGGAGAAAGCGACUUGGAAACAGCCUUGCGGGAGACUCAGGAGGAAGCAGGCAUAGAAGCGGGCCAGCUGACCAUCAUCGAGGGGUUCAGAAGGGAGCUCAGUUAUGUGGCCAGGGAGAAGCCUAAAACGGUCAUCUACUGGCUGGCAGAGGUAAAGGACUACAACGUGGAGGUCCGCCUCUCCCACGAGCAUCAGGCAUACCGCUGGCUGGGACUGGAGGAGGCCUGCCAGCUGGCUCAGUUCAAGGAUAUGAAGGCGGUACUCCAAGAAGGACACCAUUUUCUCUGCUCCACAGCGGCCUGAGCUGACCAGAGCAGGGUCAUUUGCCUCAGUAGGAUCCUUGAGGACUUUCUGAGAUGAACCCGCCUUCACUUCCGGGGAAGUCUUUGGCUCAUCAUAGCACAGAGCAGAUAGGUUAGUAAAAUCAGCUGAGGACUCUCAGAAGCAUGCAAGCAAAACUCUCAGCUUGGUGGAAAGGAAGGCAAAGGAGGAAUUAAAAAAAGAAAAAAGGCCAGGCCCAGUGAGUGCAUCCUUAAACUUAAUGAAUAAACGUCAAGCAGCUUAUCUCUCCUUCUAA